CAAAGCAAACCCUGGUUGAGCCGGGGUAGAGACGCAGAUGAGAGGCAGCUUACUGGACAUGAGGACGCUGACCCUGUGGCUCCUGUUGCUGGCUGCAGCCCAGCCUCAAGUUUCCUCGGCCUUGCGCUGUCACCAUUGCGAGAGCUCCGGGAACUGCACGGUCGAGACGUGCCCUCCAGGGCAGGAGCUGUGCCGAACCACCGUCUUCUAUAACCGCUGGAAAGGAGGCGAGGAGCUGGAGGUGGUAGUGAGAGGUUGUGCUGUGACGGGGAAAGACAACAGCUCCAUGUCCUAUCGAACGACCCAAGAGAUAAUCAUGCUAAAGGAGACCGUGUGCGACUUCGACCUCUGCAACCACCCAGAUCCCCGUCCUUCCCCUACCUUUCCUGGCUCUCGGACCCUAGAGUGCGAGUCCUGCGCCUCCUCUGACCUAAGCUGUGAACGAGGUCGGAUCCUGACCCUCCGCUGCCCAGACCCCACAGACCAGUGCUUGGAGCGGGUCAUCCAAAGCAGCCCCGAAGUGAGCCCCUCGGACGAGCGCUACGUGCGAGGCUGUGGGAGCUUUCCCGACUGCCCCGGCCCUGUGGGCUUCCACAACAACGACACUUUUCUGUUCUUGAGAUGCUGCAACCACAGCCAGUGCAUCAGCGGCCCAAUGAUGAAACUCUCCAGCCAUCCCCUGAAUGAACUCCAGUGCCACAGCUGUGAGGGGAACGGGACUCACGGCUGCUCCCCGGAGGAGACAACGGUCACUGCCUGUCGGGGCCCCAUGAAUCGGUGCUUUGAAGCCACGGGCACCCACAAGUACUGGGGUCCUGGCUACACUGUCCGAGGCUGCGUGGCCCCCACCUGGUGUGAGUCCCCCCAUCUGGCUUCCACCUUCUUCGAGCUGGCCCAGCCAGAAACCUUCUGCUGUUCCGGCAACGAAUGCAACGCUGCGACCCGAGAUGCCACCCCUAGAAUGGGCCGGGCAGGACCCAGCCUCGUCCUCUCCCCCCUCCUCUCCAGCCUGCCUCUGCUGCUGCUGACCAGGAACUUGAGCCCUGCCAGGGGGGCUUGACCCCGCCCCCCCUCAGCCCCCCCCUUGUAAUUUAAUAUUUUGUAUCUGAGAAAAGGUUUUGUACGAAUUUCAGUGUCCAGACCCUUCCCCCGCCCUCCAGGCCUGACCCUGGGUGUCAGGAUGAGCAGCAGAGUUGGGAGGUCAUAGACCUAGAUAACUGACUGACUGACUGACUGAUGGACAAACUGGGUAAAGGCCAGGAGCCAGGAGCUCCGAGGCCACGAUGCCCCCAGGAACAGAACCUGAGCCCAGGGAAGGUCAGGGAAGAAGGAAGUCUAGAGAGCCAGGGCUGGGGGAAAUGACAAAGAAUGAAUGGGGCCUCCUGGGUAACCCUUAAUGGGCCCCUGCAAUAUGCCUCCAAAAUGGUGUGUGGAGAGAGAGGACUACAUUUCCCAUGAUGCCAUAACAUGCGGGAUCUAGGAUUCCAAUGAUAUAUGGCAGCGAACUACACUUCCCAUGAUGCUCUGGGAGAAGGCUACCCAGAGUCACAAAAUCUCAGCUUUGGGGACCUUUCUGAAGAGUCCAACCUGGUAUAGUUUCGAACGAAUGGUCAUGGAGCCUUUAUUGGAAUGUACCCCUUUAGACUGAACCCCCUACCUUUCAGGGCAGCCAAGCAGGCCACAAACACAAGGUGCCGGGCAUUGGUCUAAACACCGGAGAUACAGAUCCAAAGAGAAAGAAGGGAAGUUCCUCCCCUAGAUGAGCUGGUGUUCUCAUGGGGAAAGACAAGCCUGAAAGCAGCUCUGCGGAUGGGAAAAGGGACCCAGGCCAGAGGCAGUGAAGCCUGUCUCAAAAAUGGAGGCACGAGCAAGGAGCUCACCAGUGGGACAGCUCUCCAUCUAGGCACGUUCUUUGUAAAUGGCUUGUCUUCUUGGCCAUGGCAUGCCCUCGGAUAAUUGAAAACAAUUCCCUUUUCCCCAGACUAAACAUCCCCAACCGACCAUAUGAU